AGAGUGCAAUUGCAUGAACAAAUCAAGAAAGGCGGCAUCUGCAACUUGUUCCAUGAUGCAGCAGUAUCGGCAUGUAAAGGCAGAGAAGAAAGAUGCAACGUUUCCCCCAUCUGCUUCUCCUGUUGAAAAAUCAGAAUACUGUGGUGUUAAGGCAGGGCCUCUCUCACCCAAAUCGGGUGCUCUUACGCCUCUAACCAUAUCUUCUCUCAAUCCAAAAGCUGAGGCUCUUGCAGAAGCGCACAGAGGAAGGGUUGAGGCUGAGGCUACUGCUUAUCUAGACUCCCAAAGCAGAAAGCUGGAAGCUAAAGCCCACAAACUUCAGGCAAAGGCAGAGAGGCAGAGAAUGCAUGAAGAAGGUAAGGCCCUUGAAGCAAGAAAGAGAGAAGACGUUAAGGCGGAGCAACUACUUCAGAUUGCAGAGGUGAAGGCUGACAAGAUCUUAUCGAAGGCUCGUGAAGAUGCACAAAGAAUAAAAGCCCACGCUAGUGAGCACACUGAAAAGUCAAUUGCAGACGCAUACACCAGAGCUGAAAGGUGGAAAGCAGAGAUAGAGGAAACGAAGAGAAAAGAAGUGGCAGAGUUAACAGAACGGGUGCAUAUGAUGAUAGCUGUUGGAGAGCUUGCAUCUGCUCAAAACAACAACAAAGGAGUAGUUACCAAAAUGAAACAGAGCUGGGCAUGCCAUCCAUAAGAAACUAUAUAUCAUUCUUUCAAAAUUUCAUUUAUUAUUCUAGGUGAAGGUUGUGUGGAAGCCGAUAUAAUCCUGUCCACUCUCCAUAAACUUAUAAGUUUAAUAUGGUAAAUAAGGAGUCUGAUGUCAAAGGAAAAAGGGGCUCCCCUUCCUUUUCAGACCCAAAUAGAAGAGAGAUGCACUCUUCUCUACAUGUAUAUGUUUUAUGAGAUUGAAUAAAAU